UUAAAAAAAGGCGCAAAGCUUGGAAAAGGGCUUUGAAACAUAACCCUUCAUUUUCGAUUCUCGCGCUCCAAACACAUUUGAGAAAGCCAGUUAGCGAGCGCGCGAGAGAGAAGAGAAACCGAAGCGAAACUGCAAAAAUGUCUCUUCCAAACGAAUCUCGCAAAUCUCUUAUCCCAAGCUUCCUCUACUCUUCUCCUUCAUUAUCGAAGAAAACAAGCCUGUUCGAUCUUGAAACCUUGACGACGACGAGGGCGACGAAUCGUCAUGCACAACCGCCAAUUUCAUCUUCGUCGAAGAGUUUCGUUGUUCCUGCACCGAAGGAGAAGAUCGAGAUGUACUCGCCGGCUUUCUACGCCGCAUGCACGGCCGGCGGGACCCUCAGCUGUGGCCUCACCCACACGGCCCUUACUCCUCUUGAUGUCGUCAAGUGCAACAUGCAGAUUGACCCAGCUAAAUAUAAGAGCAUCUCGUCUGGAUUUGGCAUUUUGCUCAAGGAGCAGGGAGUUAGAGGUUUCUUCAAGGGUUGGGUGCCCACUUUUCUAGGUUACAGUGCGCAGGGCGCCUGCAAAUAUGGACUUUACGAGUUUUUUAAGAAGUACUACUCGGACAUUGCCGGGCCUGAGUAUGCAACCAAGUACAAAACCUUGAUCUAUCUUGCUGGUUCUGCUUCUGCCGAAGUGAUUGCUGAUGUUGCCCUCUGCCCCAUGGAGGCUGUGAAAGUUCGUGUCCAAACUCAGCCUGGGUUUGCCCGAGGUUUGUCAGACGGACUUCCCAAGUUCAUCAAGACUGAAGGAGCCCUUGGAUUGUACAAAGGACUUGUUCCUCUUUGGGGACGUCAGAUUCCAUAUACCAUGAUGAAAUUCGCAUCCUUCGAGACUAUUGUGGAGAUGCUGUACAAGCACGCCAUCCCAACCCCAAAAGACCAGUGCAGCAAAUCUUUUCAACUUGGGGUGAGCUUUGCUGGUGGAUAUGUGGCUGGUGUAUUCUGUGCUUUCGUAUCACACCCAGCUGACAACCUGGUGUCUUUCCUCAACAAUGCCAAGGGUGCUACUGUUGGUGAUGCUGUGAAAAAUCUCGGGUUGUGGGGUCUUUUUACCCGUGGCCUUCCUCUUCGUAUAGUCAUGAUUGGAACCCUUACGGGAGCCCAAUGGAUGAUUUAUGAUGGUUUCAAAGUUUUUGUUGGACUUCCAACUACUGGUGGUGUUUCUCCUGCUCCUGUUGCCGCUACUGAGCUUGCAAAGGUGUGAAUUUAGAUGCUGGUCGACAGACAAAUGUUAGUAAAGCCUUUGCAUUCUCUUCAUUGACAGAUCGUUUACUGGGGUUGCUGAUGCCUGCUAUGGAAGUAUUCUAUUCUAAAACCAGAUAUUGUUCGAAUUCUUCAUCCCUCUAGGGAUGGUUUUGAUUUCGUCCUUGAACUAAUCUGUGUUUAUUUAGUAAUUGGCUAAGUUGGAGGAUCACGUUCCUCUUAUAGUAUUAAGACAUACAUACAUACAUACAUGUGCGUGUGUGGACAUGGUAAUUGGAAUCACAUUUUUUGCAA